GCGCGAUGGCGGCAGCGGCGACCGCAGAGGUCCCCGAGGUUCUGCAGGAGUGUGGCUGCAAAGGCAUCCGGACUUGUCUGAUCUGCGAGGGGCGGCGCCACUGUGACCCGCCCUGGCAGCUGUCCCCGCAGAAAACACACCGUUUCCUUUACUGCUUGGACACAGGCUGGGCCGUUGGGGCUGAGGACUCUGACUUUGAGGGCUGGGCCUUCCCCUUUCCGGGGGUGACACUGAUAGAGGACUUUGUGACCCGGGAGGAAGAGGCCGAGAUGGUGCGUCUAAUGGACCGGGACCCCUGGAAGCUGUCCCAGUCUGGGCGGAGGAAGCAGGAUUACGGCCCCAAAGUCAACUUUCGGAAGCAGAAGCUGAAGAUGGCGGACUUCCGGGGCCUCCCCAGCUUCAGCCGGGAGGUGGUGCAGAGGAUGGGCCUCUACCCAGGGCUGGAGGGCUUCCAGCCCGUGGAGCAAUGUAACCUGGACUACAGCCCAGAGCGGGGCUCCGCCAUCGAUCCCCACCUGGACGACGCCUGGCUGUGGGGGGAGCGGCUUGUGAGCCUCAACCUGCUGUCCCCCACUGUGGUGUCCAUGUGCCGGGAGGCGCCUGGCAGCCUGCUGCUGAGCUCGGCCCCUGCUGCCGGCCCCGAGGCCUAUGCGGACCGCCUGAUUGCCCCUAGCAGGUCGGUCCUGUGCCAGGAGGUGGAAGUGGCCAUCCCUGUCCCCUGCCGCUCUCUGCUGGUGCUUGCCGGGGCUGCACGGCACCAGUGGACACACGCCAUCCACCGCAGGCACAUUGAGGCCCGUCGCGUCUGUGCCACCUUCAGGGAGCUGUCGGCUGAGUUCUGCCCUGGAGGGAGGCAGCAGGAAGUGGGCCACGAGCUCCUGCAGAUCGCACUGUCCUUUCAGGGAAGGCCGGUGUGAGCCGCCUCCCCGGAGCUGGGUCCAGCCAGAGGUGAAGGCUCCAGCGCUGACCAUGGGCCGGGAUGAAAGUGGCAGCCCAGUGCCAGGGACUCCCUUCCCCACUCAUUGUUGAGUUGGGAGCGGAAUCCAGGGUCUCGUGUAUGCCAGGCAAGUGCUCUGCCGCUGAGCCAAGUUCCCAAGCCCUUUUUGCUUUAUUUUUUCAGGAAGGGUCUCGAGUUUUUGCUUGGGCCAGCCUCAGACCUUGAUCCUCCUACCUCUGCCUCCUGAGUAGCUGGGAUCACAGGCGUGCGUUACCACGCCUGGCUUAUGUUUUAAGAGAAGCCAUCUGACUCCUGGUACCAUGUGCACCUGGAGCUGGUUCUGACAGAACUGUCCAAGGCCAGUUCCCUUGGAGCUGCACUGUGCCACUGUUUGGGUUAUUAUUUAAUUUGUCACAGUUUGGAGGGGGUUGGGUUUGACAUUUAAAAAUGUUGGUACCAUGUAAAACGAUUUCCUUCUUUGCCCAUGUCUGUGUGAGGUUUCUAGACAGCCUGUCAUCAGAUCCCUUCAUCUGGGGAACAUGUUGGACCAGAGAACAGAAUUGGGACAUCUGAAGUUCUCUUCAGUGGUGGCAGCUUUGAGUUGGGCUCAGCCGGGGUCAUUUUUGACACCAUGGGUUGGGAAUCUGAGAGCCUGGUCCCUCCACCGCCCCUACAGUGAUGUUAAAAAGUGGGAAACAAUUGCUCCUCUCCUCCCUUGCUCUUGUCUCAGGUCCUCUGGUGGGUGGUCAUAAGCUACGGGGUGCUCACCUGGAGGGGACAGCUGCCCCAGUCACCUGCAGCCAGGUAGGGAGCAGGCCAUGGCAGCUGAGGGGUGACAGUGUACCCAGACCGCAGCUUAUGAGACAGCCCACUUGGUGCCAGCCGUGUUGAAGAACAGAGCCACUUUGCCUGCAGGAAAGGGGGCGGGUCAUCUCCCAGAAGGGGCUCUACUUCCAGGUAACCGUUCCCAGGCAGGGAACAUCUGCAUGAUUGCCCAUUGGUCCAACCGGGCCGAACAGCUGGACACUGGCCCCUGAGCUGCAGGGAACCGAAGGACCAGAGCUUCAGUGGCUCCUGUCCUGGACUGCUUGGUGACCUUGUGGACGUUGUCCUGAUGGGUUCUAGUUUUGUGGCUCUCAGCCACCCCAUGGGCCCACCCCUCCCAUUUCUGUUUUCCACCUUGGGAAGGAAGCUACGUGUUUUUUGGG